CAACCAGAAAGGAUUAGUAUUAGUUGAUAUAUUUCCUAAAUCUCCAACAUGGAGAAGAAUUGUUAUUCUCGAUGAUAUAUAGUUUAUAUGUUCAAAACAUUGAUGAUAUAUUGAAAAUUGAAAUCUGAUAUAUAAAUCAACCUAGAUUGAUCCAUAAAUUUGCAAAUGAUUUUAAUUAAGUUGAAGUAAGACUUAGGCCAUACAUUGAUAACUGUCAUAAAAUCAUGAAGUACUUGAAAACUCUAUUAAUCCAAUCAAACUUGUUGAUGUAAAGUCAAAUGUACCCCAUCCCAUGUGCCCAAAGUACUUAAUUUAAAGGGAAUUCCUCUUGUGUUGACUUUACAUCAUCAUUACAAGCUUUCCAUUUAUGUCUCAGCCUGCAAAAAUGAGUGUUUUCUGAUGAAUUCUCACCAAUCAAUGCACCCAAAGAUACAUACCCAACAUAAAGAGGAUGAUGAUGAUGGGAGUAUCAACCCAUUUCUUCUCUGUUUUGUUCCCAAGUGCUUUGGCAUUGACAUUGACUCUUCUACUUCCUCUUCAAGCUUCGGAUCAAUCAGGCAAACAAAAUUCUCUAACUUACUUUCAAUAUUUAUAUAUAUAAAGAGAAACAGAGAAGGUUAAACUAUAUGUGUUAAGAGUAAUGAUUUAUUUUAUUCUAAUCCAUCCUCUUAAACUUUUGGGCUUGGGUUGAUCGGUGAUUUAAGGUCGUAUCAAAGUAGGAAGUCGAGGGGAAGUGUUAAAAGUAUUGAUACAUAGGAAUAUAUGGUAACUUCACGCUUUUGAGUUGAUGAGUAAUUUGAUGAUAUGUUUUUUUGUUUCUUAGGUUUCGUUAGCUUAGAUUGUGGAUCACCAGAAGGUACAAUGUAUACUGAAAUUUCAAACAAUAUUACCUAUGUUUCUGAUGCACCCUUUGUAAAAAGUGGAGUAAGUGAAAGCCUAGGUUCGAGAAUGGGAGCUGAUACUGUUCCAUUUCCAAGGCAAAUGAGGAGUCUUAGAAGCUUCCCUCAAGGAAUCAGAAACUGCUACAAUGUAAGCAUUGUAAAUGGUACUAAAUAUUUGAUUCGAGCGAGUUUCUUGUACGAGAAUUACGACGGCCUGAAUAUUCUGCCAGCAUUUGAUAUCUAUAUUGGGAAUAGCUUAUGGGAAAGAGUAAACUUCACUGACAUUCACAUUGAACCCUCCUUUGAGCUCAUACAUAUUACCUCCUCAAAUGAAGUCCAUAUGUGUUUGAUCAAUAUAGGGAAUGGAGUGCCAAUUAUUUCAUCCUUAGAAUUUAGACCUUUACUCAACAUCACUUAUCAAACAGCUUCGAGAUCGUUAUCGCUUCAGUCUCGAUUUGACUUCGGCUCAUCAGAUGACAAAGAAUACAGAUACCCUAUCGAUGUUUACGAUCGUAUUUGGUCGACGAUUAACUACUACGGGCAAGAACCAGUUAAAGCCAGUGCCACAACAGGUGCUGUUGAGGAGAACAAUUACAAAGUGCCAUCAAUUGUGAUGAAAACUGCUUCCGCUAUAAAGGAUAUUAGGUUGAAUACAAAAAACUCAUCUCAAUAUUAUGUGUUUAUGCACUUUUCUGAGGUUGUUGAGCUUCAACCCAAUCAGAGUAGAGUGUUCAAUAUCACUCACAAUGAGAAUUUUUUUUAUGGACCUCUAAUUCCAAGUUACUUGUCCACACAAACUGUUUCCAAUAAAGAUCCAUUUGAUGCCUCAAAUUUACAUUUAUUUUCUUUCAUUUCAACUAACAACGCAACGCUUCCUCCCAUCAUCAAUGCGUUCGAGAUAUAUUAUGCGAAAGACAUAAUAGAGUUGGAAACAAAUCGAGGAGAUGUGAAUGCAAUUACCAAAAUCAAGUCAACUUAUGGGAUAAAGAGGGAUUGGCAAGGAGAUCCAUGUGUGCCAAUGGAAUACCCUUGGAGUGGAUUGAAUUGUAGUAAUGCAACUGCUCCAAGGAUCAUUUACUUGAAUCUGUCAGCAAGUGGAUUGACAGGUGAAAUAUCUUCUUACAUAUCAAAUCUGACAAUGUUGCAAACUCUGGACUUGUCCCACAAUGAGUUGACUGGAGAGCUGCCAGAUUUCUUAACAAAUUUUCCAAAUUUAAGAGUUCUCAUUUUAACCAGAAACAAGCUCACAGGCUCAGUUCCUGAAGUUCUCUUGCAAAGGGCUGAAGCUAAAUCACUCACUUUAAGUGUUGGUGAAAAUCCAGAUCUUUGUACAUCACUUAAAUGCGAUAACAAGAAGAAAAAGUACUUGGUUCUUAUAAUUCUCGCAACUAUUAUACCUGUGAUUUUAUCUAUCCUAGUGGUAACUCUUGUCCUCUACAAAAGAAGAAAACAAAGAGAACAUCUCAAAAGAUCAAUCCAAGAAAGAUUGCUUAAAUCAAAGAACCAACAGGUUCACUACUCUGAGAUAUUGGUUAUAACAGAUAACUUGAAAACUUCUAUAGGAGAAGGAGGAUUUGGAAAAGUAUAUUUGGGUGUACUGAGUGACAAAAUUCAAGUUGCUGUCAAGUUGCUGUCUGCAUCAUCACGGCAAGGCACUAAAGAAUUCAAAGCAGAGGCUGAAAUAUUGACCAUUGUUCAUCACAGAAAUUUGGUUUCGCUCAUUGGUUACUGUGAUGAGGCUGAGAAUAAGGCUCUCAUUUAUGAAUUUAUGGCUAAUGGAAAUCUACGCAAACAUCUCUCUGAUUCAAGUACGACAGUUCUGAAUUGGAAGCAAAGACUCCAAAUUGCACUUGAUGCAGCACAAGGGUUGGAAUAUUUGCACAAUUGUUGCAAGCCACCUAUACUUCACAGAGAUAUGAAGACUUCAAAUAUCUUAUUGAAUGAAAAAAUGCAGGCUAAAAUAUCAGAUUUUGGACUCUCCAGGAUAUUUGCAAAUGAAAACGAUACUCAUUUGGCCACUCGCCCUGCUGGCACCUUUGGAUAUGUUGAUCCCACGAUUCAUUUAUGUGGAAACUUCAGCAAGAAAAGCGAUGUUUACAGUUUUGGGAUUGUGUUAUUUGAGCUGAUAACUGGAAAACCAGUCAUAAUAAAGAGUAAUACAGAAAGUGAGAUACACAUAGUGGAUUGGGCAAAGCCUUCGAUUUUAGAAGGAAACAGCCAAAGCAUUGUGGAUCAAAGAUUACAAGGGUGCAUUGAAAUCUGUUCAGCAACAAAAUUUAUGGAGCUAGCUUUGUGUUGCACACUCUCAACUUCAGCACAAAGGCCUCAGAUUAGUGAUGUAGUGAAACAACUGAUUGAAUGUCAAGAAAUGGCUCAGAAUAGAACUACCUCACAUAGGCCACCUAUUAAUCCCAACUUUUCUUACACUUCAAUUGGAUCUGAUUCUAUUUUAAGUCCUAGAUAAAAACUCAUCAACAAAUUUAUAUCAUCCUUUCCUCCUUUAUGGGUUAUGAUCUAAUCUCAAUCUUGCUUGCUGUU